CCGGCUCCGUCGCCGCCGCGCCGCGCCGGAGAGUAUACGCGUGGAGGUCUUUUUGACCGCGUCGUAUUUUUUUUGGGCUCCUGAUUCUGCAAAUAAUUUUUUCGACAGCCACCGAAGAAGGCGACGAUAUUUCGCUCGAAGAAGGAAGUUGACAAGCACGUCUCAUGUUUUUUGGGCGAAAUUCAAGGACGAACACGAGAAAAAGAUAAGAGGUUUCAACUUUGCCAAACUCUAUGUUGUGGUCAAGGAUUAUGAGUCUGCCAGACAUUCCUUGGCCCUGGAUGAAAGCCAGAAGGAUGUUGUGAAGAAUGUUGGCUGGAACAUGUGGAAAACAGUUUUCCUGGUCAUAAGGUUAUGUUUAAGCUCAAGGAAAACAUGACAAGGGCGCAAGGUGUGCCUGACGUGAAGGACAUGGAGGACCUGAUCACAUCAGAGAUUGUGACAAGUCCACUGGAUGUGUCAUUGAGAGUCAAGCUUCUGCGGCUGCUACUGCACAUUGGGCGUGUCCGGGAUGCCUACAAAAACGCCUUCCAAAUAGAGGAAGAACCACAAUUCAUUGCCAAGGCUGCAUACUCAAUUCAGUGGCAAUCCUGCAUGACCGAUGUCAUGAAGGCAUACCACCAGAAUCGAGCUGGCCCAGUAGACGAGCUUUUCUUGACGAAGUACUUGCUGACAUUAGACCAGCUAACCAUUUUGAUGCUGCACAACCCCAACAGUUCAACACUGUUUGCUGUGUCUGGUUCAAAAGACAUAGAGCCAUACAAGCAGGGGGAACAAUCUUUGCUGGAUGAUGCAGUCAGUGUCAUUAAAUCCUUGGAUGACCUACUCAAGGAGGCACACAAGAAGCAGUUCUUAUCUGGCUCCUGGAACUUUAUACUGCAGCAUUUUACUGCCCAGCUCUACCUCCACAUGGCCACCUUGGUGCUGAAGAAUCCCGUGAAGGUGAGCUGCAACUGGCAAGUGGCACACCGCUGGGCUGCAGCGUUGCUACUGAAUGCUUAUGCAGCGCAUCCUCCGAGUGCCCUGUCCCAGGAAGACUGGUUCUUAGCGCUGGAUUCAGAGGAGCGAAAUCUUUACCACAAUAUCUUCCUCCGAGCACAUCACCGGCUUUCCGUCUCAGGUCACAUACUGCACACUCUUUGCAAUGCUGAAGACAAGAGUAGCUGGCUUUCUGACAUAAAGCAGGAAGUGUGCACACCCGAGGUUCGAAACAGGAUUUACAGGAGCAUUUUUGAUGAAAAAGGCAAGACUUCAUGGUUCCUCCAGGACACAACUUUUACCAAUUGUACUACUGAAUUUCCCUCACCUGCAGCUCUUUAUAAACAUGAUCAAGAGUCUCAGUGGCUGCACCCUUCAUCCCUUGACCACCUGGCUUGGUUGGCACUCCAGUGGAGUUAUCUGCAGGACAAGAAGCAUGCGGUCAUCGAGCAGUGCUUCGAGCUGCAAGUGUUUGAGAGGCUUCCAUUGAAGCCGCGUUCAUUCACAUCUGGGGCCGCCGAAACGUUGAGCCAAGUGGACGUGCAAGCAUUUCUGGAAGCAACUUGUUAUUGCGCGAGUCAGGCACUGGGUCGCAAAGCCUUUCAUCUCGGCCAAGGGCCCUUGGCACUUCCACCUCAUGUUGGAAUGCAGCUGUGCACGGGGUCUCAGGCCGACUGGUGGAGUGCCGCAUACCACAUGUAUGCCAGCAGUUUCAGGAGCGAGGUGGCUGACGUCAGGCGCAUACUGCAAAGAGGGCUUGAAGUCAUUCGGGCAAUUGGAAACCAUGGCAUGGACCUUUCCCUGGUUGUUCACUUGGCCAGGAUAUUUGCCAACAAGUCAUCGCACAGGCAUGCUGAUGGCCUAGAGGAAGAAGCGGAGGCCUUUCAAGAUCAAGCGGCACGCUACUGGGAGGCUGUGCUCACCAUGCUUGAGACAUAUCGCAUUACCAGGAGCCCAGUGACACCAUCAGGCCGUCUGUUCUGUGUGCCAGGUGGUCGUGGUGUGACCAGCCUGCAGGAACUGAAGAACAUCAAACAAGAAGCCAAGAUGUUCCUAGCCAUGUGUGCCAUGAAUUCAGGCUGCCUGGACGAGGCUGCCGAGAUGUUUUCAGGGCUUAUGACUGCUCAGGCUGCAUACUACACGGCACUUGUGAUGGAAAAGAUGGCUCGUAAGGCUUCCCGACGGGGUGCGCGGUAUACCCUGCUGCUGAAGGAACGGGCAGCAUUGCAGCUUGCCCUUGAGCGUGGCUGCCGGCAAUCAGACUGGACCCUGGCCUCCACAGUGUCUGCUCAAUUGGAUGACCUUCAGGAGCGCCUGAACUUGACCAGUGUCACCAAUGGCUACCAUGAUGACGACAACAAUGAUGAACCAUCAAGAGGAGGACAGGGUGAUUCCCUACAUCUGUCUGCUCAUUCUAACACUAGUUCUGUGCAUUGGGCUCGGCAGAGCAGCACCCCCAAACCUGACAAAAGCUUCUAUCCAGCAUGCACACCACCAGAGAAAUCUCCUACUUCAGAGGCAACCCUUGAAUCACUGUCAUGUCAGCCAAGGUCUGCUGCAGCUGUGGAAGCACCUGCCAUUGCUAACCGAUUUCUAGAGCUGCAGCUGCAUACUAUAUCACUGCACCAGGAGCUGACAGUGAGUCGGCUUCUCGGGAUGGAGGAGGCCAGUCAAAGCAUGAUCAAAGAGCAACUUGACAAUCACAGAGCUGUUCUUGCAGAAGUCAAGCAACAAAAGGCUGCCAUGGAACAACUCACGAAAAAAAUUGAUGAGGUGGCUGCAACGACUGCUGUGGCAGCCGAUGCUGCUCUCUGCUCGCAACGCCAGAAUGAAGGCUCUGAGCACAGAGAUGAGCAAGUCAGUGGCCGUGGCUUAGAACAUAACUACUCUCGCUAUGAGACAGCAGCUUCUAGCAGAGCGACACCACGGAUGGCAAGAAGUCGACGCCGUACUGCAUUGCCGCUGUCUGUUCCACAUGUGCAAGGCCCUGCAUACGGAAGCUACUCAAUGCCUCAUUUUGGCCACUCAUUUGCCUCGCAACACUUGGGCCAACCUUUGGCAUGUCAUUUUGCAUGGCAGCUGUUCCUUUCACCACAAGGCACUAUAGCAUUAUCAACUGUGCCAACGCCUUUCCCUGAUGUUGCAGGACAGUUUGCAAAUGAUAACAGCCGCCCACCUCCAUCCACCGUGUCUGCCAGCAGCACUCCAUCUCGCGUUGUAAAUGCAGAUGAGCUUCCCAUGCCGACGACCACCACCAAUGCCUUGCCCAUUUGGGGAGGGGCAGGUGGUUCCCCACAGACUGCGCCUCCAUCUUUUCCCACCUCUACGUUCAUUACUCCGAGUACAAUGGCUGCCUACUGCCAGGCAGUUAGUGCACCUCAGCCAGGAGCCGUAGAAACAACAGCACCACUAGCCUCUACUCCAAAUGACCAGGCACCAUUCACUGCGUUUGGCACAGAAACAGAAAGAGGAAACCAGAGAUUAUCGCCCUUCUCUCUGAAGUCAUUUGACAUCAACCGGCUGCCUCCAUCUACCUUGUCUACCAGCAGUGCGCCAUUUCACUUGGCAAAUGGGGAUGUUGUCGAAGCAUCAAACUUUAGCCACCAUGCAGAGCCACAGCUUCCAGCAGUUGUUGCAGCCAUACCGACUAAGUCACUGCAUCCUCCACAUUUCCAAGCCAUUUGUCAGCAAACAACUACAGACAGCAAGGGUGCUGAUGACAGUAAUUCCUCUCCUGGCAGCAUCCUGACUACUUAUGCAGCAAACAGCAAGGCUACUACAUUUCCCGACUCGAUGUCAUGCUUUAGUGCUCCAGGAACUGUGUCGGCACCCUCUUUGUUUGGCUCCAAAGCAUCCACCACAGCAACACCAGCACAAUUAUUUGGUUCACAAAUGGCUGUGUCCAGUGCAUCAGUGACUGGAGGUACUGCAUUGCCAAUUCCAACAUCAAGCCUUAGCACCUCCAAAAUGGUGCUGGCAUCUUCCGUCUCUGGAUCUAUAACAUAUGGCAAGGCGACAUCUACUCAACCCUUAGACUUGCCAUUAUCUAUGUGUAGCACAGAAACCGCCGUGGCACCUUUAUUUUCAGUGCCGAACUUGUGCUUUAGCACUCCAGAGGCUACACCGGCCGCAUCAAUGUUUGGAGCCGCAACAGCUACUAGAAUGACGCCUGCUCUGUCAUCUGGCUUACCAGUAACUACAUCCACUGUAGCAGCCAUAUACACUGUAGCAACCACAUCCACUACAUUUUCAGUGUCAGCCAUUGGCACAUCCGCGGCAAUGCUGGCACCAUCCAUGUUUGAACCCACCACAGGCACCACAGUGGCACCUGCUGCAUCCACUACAGCAAUCACUAUUCCAACUAAAUUUUCAGCACUGACACCUUCUGUCCUAUCUUUUGAUUCACAAGGGACUACGCCAGCUGUGUCAGGCUCUUUUUACACAGGCAUGUCCCGUUUGCAUGCAACUACUUUUGAUAACUUUAGUCGAAGCCCAGAGUCCUCUACAUGCACAUGCAAUGUGAACAAUGCUGCCAACAAACUCGCAUGUCAAGUACAUGGUUUGAAAAAGCAAGACAUUGUGGGACACAAGACUGCAGAAUUCUCACAGCCUGCUAUAGAGUUGAAUGCUGUGGCUUCAACUCCAGAUGGAAAUGCUCCCACCAAGCUUUUUGACACGAAAGGUCUGGUUUUCCCACUUGGUGCCUCCGCACUAAGCCAUAACCUUUCAUCAUUUGGUGGUGUGUUUGGUGGCUCUCGGGCUUCAGGAAAUGAGGAGUUUGGUCAUUUCCAGUUUGGUAGUACCCCAAAAGCGACAGAGUAUCGAACCAAUGUAGUAGACUCUGCUGCAAUAGCAACUACAGCAAAGGAACCAUCACAUUCUGUUUUAGAAGGUAAUGUCACUUUGUCUGGAAGAAAGGAACCCAUGUCAGCUGCGUCAGCGCUUGGCAGCACUGCCACAUCAGCAAACAAUGUUUCGAAAGGAUUUGAAGUUACUAGCUCAUUAAAAGUGGGUGCAUUUUCCAAAGAAAGAAUGCCUGCUGUUGCGGAGAGUGCGACAAGUGUUCCAUCGAGACCUCAACCAGCUGCAAGCACUUCGUAUUCUUCUUUGGCCCAGAAAUCAUCAAGCACUGUGUUCAGUGAGCCUGUGUCUACUGCCUCUUCGAUUGUGAUUGGGCUUCCAAGAGGAAAAGUGUCAAUUGGCACGGAGACAGUAACGUGUGAACCACCACUGACCCUACAUGUGAACCAACAACUUUUGCCCAAUGGUCCCAGCCUGGUUGCAGGCUCCUCAUCUCUUCCGUUAGGUGGGGAAAAUGAUAAGAAGAAAGAACACAGGCCUUUUAACGCACAACCAAUAGCAGCAGGCAAUUUAACAAAUAGCACGCCUUCACCAGAUAAGAAGGAACCUACAUUGGCCAGACCUGUGCUUAGCAGCACUGCUUCAUCAUCAGGGACUGCGUGUAGUGAGCCUGCCUCUACUGCUUCUUCGAUUGUGGUAGAGCUUCCAAGAGGAAAAGCGUCAAUUGGCACUGAGACAGCAACAUUUGAAACACCAGUGCCCAGCCUAGUUGCAGGCUCCUCAUCUCUUCCAUUAGGUGGGGAAAAUAAGGAGAAAGCAGAACACAAGCCCUUUAAUGCACAGCCAGUACCAGCAGGCAAUUUAACAAAUAGCACACCUUCACCAGAUAAGAAGGAACCUACAUUGGCCAGACCUGUGCUUAGCAGCACUGCUUCAUCAUCAGGGACUGUGUCUAAUGAGCCUGUGUCUACUGCUUCUUCGAUUGUGGUAGAGCUUCCAAGAGGAAAAGUGUCAACUGGCACACAGACAGCAACACAGACUGUGUCAGGGACUGUGUCUAGUGAGCCUGUGUCUACUGCUUCUUCGAUUCUGGUAGAGCUUCCAAGAGGAAAAGUGUCAACUGGCACACAGACAGCAACAUGUGAACCACCAGUGCCCAGCCUAGUUGCAGGCUCCUCAUCUCUUCUGUUAGCUGGGGAAAAUGAUAAGGAGAAAGAAGAACAAAACCCUUUUAACGUACAGCCAGUAGCAGCAGGCAGUUUAACAAAUAGCACACCUUCCCCAGAUAAGAAGGAACCUACAUUGGCCAGACCUGUGCUUAGCAGCACUGCUUCAUCAUCAGGGACUGCGUGUAGUGAGCCUGCCUCUACUGCUUCUUCGAUUGUGGUAGAGCUUCCAAGAGGAAAAGUGUCAAUUGGCACUGAGACAGCAACAUUUGAAACACCUGUGCCCAGCCUAGUUGCAGGCUCCUCAUCUCUUCCAUUAGGUGGGGAAAAUAAGGAGAAAGCAGAACACAAGCCCUUUAACGCACAGCCAGUACCAGCAGGCAAUUUAACAAAUAGCACACCUUCACCAGAUAAGAAGGAACCUAAAUUGGCCAGACCUGUGCUUAGCAGCACUGCUUCAUCAUCAGGGACUGUGUCUAGUGAGCCUGUGUCUACUGCUUCUUCAAUUGUGGUAGAGCUUCCAAGAGGAAAAGUGUCAACUGGCACACAGACAGCAACACAGACUGUGUCAGGGACUGUGUCUAGUGAGCCUGUGUCUACUGCUUCUUCGAUUCUGGUAGAGCUUCCAAGAGGAAAAGUGUCAACUGGCACACAGACAGCAACAUGUGAACCACCAGUGCCCAGCCUAGUUGCAGGCUCCUCAUCUCUUCUGUUAGGUGGGGAAAAUGAUAAGGAGAAAGAAGAACAAAACCCUUUUAACAUACAGCCAGUAGCAGCAGGCAAUUUAACAAAUAGCACACCUUCACCAGAUAAGAAGGAACCUAUAUUGGCCAGACCUGUGCUUAGCAGCACUGCUUCAUCAUCAGGGACUGUGUCUAGUGAGCCUGUGUCUACUGCUUCUUCGAUUGUGGUAGAGCUUCCAAGAGGAAAAGUGUCAACUGGCACACAGACAGCAACAUGUGAACCACCAGUGCCCAGCCUAGUUGCAGGCUCCUCAUCUCUUCUGUUAGGUGGGGAAAUUGAUAAGGAGAAAGAAGGACAAAACCCUUUUAAUGUACAGCCAGUAGCAGCAGGCAAUUUAACAAAUAGCACACCUUCACCAGAUAAGAAGGAACCUACAUUGGCCAGACCUGUGCUUGGCAGCGCUGAUUCAUCAUCAAGGACUGUGUGUAGUGAGCCUGUGUCUACUGCUUCUUCGAUUGUGGUAGAGCUUCCAAGAGGAAAAGUGUCAAUUGGCACUGAGACAGCAACAUUUGAAACACCUGUGCCCAGCCUAGUUGCAGGCUCCUCAUCUCUUCCAUUAGGUGGGGAAAAUAAGGAGAAAGCAGAACACAAGCCCUUUAACGCACAGCCAGUACCAGCAGGCAAUUUAACAAAUAGCACACCUUCACCAGAUAAGAAGGAACCUAAAUUGGCCAGACCUGUGCUUAGCAGCACUGCUUCAUCAUCAGGGACUGUGUCUAGUGAGCCUGUGUCUACUGCUUCUUCAAUUGUGGUAGAGCUUCCAAGAGGAAAAGUGUCAACUGGCACACAGACAGCAACACAGACUGUGUCAGGGACUGUGUCUAGUGAGCCUGUGUCUACUGCUUCUUCGAUUCUGGUAGAGCUUCCAAGAGGAAAAGUGUCAACUGGCACACAGACAGCAACAUGUGAACCACCAGUGCCCAGCCUAGUUGCAGGCUCCUCAUCUCUUCUGUUAGGUGGGGAAAAUGAUAAGGAGAAAGAAGAACAAAACCCUUUUAACAUACAGCCAGUAGCAGCAGGCAAUUUAACAAAUAGCACACCUUCACCAGAUAAGAAGGAACCUAUAUUGGCCAGACCUGUGCUUAGCAGCACUGCUUCAUCAUCAGGGACUGUGUCUAGUGAGCCUGUGUCUACUGCUUCUUCGAUUGUGGUAGAGCUUCCAAGAGGAAAAGUGUCAACUGGCACACAGACAGCAACAUGUGAACCACCAGUGCCCAGCCUAGUUGCAGGCUCCUCAUCUCUUCUGUUAGGUGGGGAAAUUGAUAAGGAGAAAGAAGGACAAAACCCUUUUAAUGUACAGCCAGUAGCAGCAGGCAAUUUAACAAAUAGCACACCUUCACCAGAUAAGAAGGAACCUACAUUGGCCAGACCUGUGCUUGGCAGCGCUGAUUCAUCAUCAAGGACUGUGUGUAGUGAGCCUGUGUCUACUGCUUCUUCGCCUGUGGUGGAGCUUCCAAGAGGAAAAGUGUCAAUUGGCACAGAGACAGCAAAAUGUGAACCACCAGUGCCCAGCCUAGUCGCAGGCUCCUCAUCUGUUCUGUUAGGUGGGGAAAAUGAUGAGGAGAAACAAGGACACAACGCUUCUAACACACGGCCAAUAGCAGCAGGCCAUUUAAAAAGUAGCGCCACUUCACCAGAUAAGAAGGAACCUAAAUCGACCAGACCUGUGCUUGGCAGCAUGGCUUCAUCAUCAGGGACUGUGUGUAGUGUGCCUGUGUCUAUUUCUUCUUCAAUUGUGGUGGAGCUUUCAAGAGGAAAAAUGUCAAUUGAUGUGGAGACAGCAACAGGUGGGCCGCCAACACCCAGCCUGGUUGCAGGCUCCUCAUCUCUUCCAUUAGGUGCGGAAAGUAAGGAGAAAGCAGAACACAAGCCUUUUGAUGUACAGCCAGUUUCAACAGGCAAUUUCACAAAUAGCACCCCUUCACCAGAUAAGAAGGAACCUAAAUUGGCCAGACCUGUGCUUGGCAGCGCUGCUACAUCAUCAAGAACUGUGUGUAGUGAGCCUGUGUCUACUGCUUCUUCGAUUGUGGUGGAGCUUCCAAGAGGAAAAGUGUCAAUUGGCACAGAGAUAGCAACAUGUGAACCACGAGUGUCCUGCCUAGUGGCAGGCUCCUCAUCUCUUCCGUUAGGUGAGGAAAAUGAUGAGGAGAAAGAAGAGCACAGGCCUGUUAACACACAGCCAAUAGCAGCAGGCCAUUUAAACAGUAGCACUUCUUCACCAGAUAAGAAAGAACCUAAAUCGACCAGACCUGUGCUUGGCAGCACUGCUUCAUCAUCAAACACUGUGUGUAGUGAGCCUGUGUCUCCUGCUUCUUCGAUUGUGGUGGAGCUUUCAAGAAGAAAAGCGUCAAUUGAUGUGGAGACAGCAACAUGCAGGCCGCCAACACCCAGCCUGGUUGCAGGCUCCUCAUCUCUUCCAUUAGGUGCGGAAAGUAAGGAGAAAGCAGAACACAAGCCUUUUGAUGUACAGCCAGUUUCAACAGGCAAUUUCACAAAUAGCACCCCUUCACCAGAUAAGAAGGAACCUAAAUUGGCCAGACCUGUGCUUGGCAGCGCUGCUACAUCAUCAAGAACUGUGUGUAGUGAGCCUGUGUCUACUGCUUCUUCGAUUGUGGUGGAGCUUCCAAGAGGAAAAGUGUCAAUUGGCACAGAGAUAGCAACAUGUGAACCACGAGUGUCCUGCCUAGUGGCAGGCUCCUCAUCUCUUCUGUUAGGUGAGGAAAAUGAUGAGGAGAAAGAAGAGCACAGGCCUGUUAACACACAGCCAAUAGCAGCAGGCCAUUUAAACAGUAGCACUUCUUCACCAGAUAAGAAAGAACCUAAAUCGACCAGACCUGUGCUUGGCAGCACUGCUUCAUCAUCAAACACUGUGUGUAGUGAGCCUGUGUCUCCUGCUUCUUCGAUUGUGGUGGAGCUUUCAAGAGGAAAAGCAUCAAUUGAUGUGGAGACAGCAACAUGCAGGCCGCCAACACCCAGCCUGGUUGCAGGCUCCUCAUCUCUUCCAAUAGGUGCGGAAAGUAAGGAGAAAGCAGAACACAAGCCUUUUGAUGUACAGCCAGUUCCAACAGGCAAUUUCACAAAUAGCACCCCUUCACCAGAUAAGAAGGAACCUAAAUUGGCCAGACCUGUGCUUGGCAGCGCUGCUACAUCAUCAAGAACUGUGUGUAGUGAGCCUGUGUCUACUGCUUCUUCGAUUGUGGUGGAGCUUCCAAGAGGAAAAGUGUCAAUUGGCACAGAGAUAGCAACAUGUGAACCACGAGUGUCCUGCCUAGUGGCAGGCUCCUCAUCUCUUCUGUUAGGUGAGGAAAAUGAUGAGGAGAAAGAAGAGCACAGGCCUGUUAACACACAGCCAAUAGCAGCAGGCCAUUUAAACAGUAGCACUUCUUCACCAGAUAAGAAAGAACCUAAAUCGACCAGACCUGUGCUUGACAGCACUGCUUCAUCAUCAAACACUGUGUGUAGUGAGCCUGUGUCUCCUGCUUCUUCGAUUGUGGUGGAGCUUUCAAGAGGAAAAGCGUCAAUUGGUGUGGAGACGGCAACAUGCAGGCCGCCAACACCCAGCCCUGUCACAGGGUCCUCAUCUCUUCUAUUAGGUGGCAAAAAUGAUAAGGAGAAAGAAGAACCGAUCGCCAACAGGGGCCCAGCUCUGAGCUCAUCCAGUAAUUAUGAUAAUGCCAGCAAGCUUUCCAGUGCACACACAGAGCCAGAAGAACCCAUGUUCUUAUUUGGUGUCACUCUCCCAAAUAGGAAACAGUUGGAUUCAGUCACCACUGCACAUGUUGGAACCACAUUUGGGGAGGAUGCAUUUACGUGUUCCAUUUGCGUUGACCAAAAUGUGAAAGAAGUUUCUUGCCAGUUGACUGAAUUUGGUGGAUUUCUGUCUGUUGGUCCACAAAAUGUCGAACAGAUUUCAGAGGAUCCAGAACAAGUUAGCUCUUUUGUUACAGUGGAUACUGUGAUGGAGCUACCAACUUCUAGCUCUUCAGUGGAAUCAUUGUUCAAGUCUACUACUAUCGCUAAGAGAGAGGAAUCGACCGAGCUGCCUUCAGCAGCUAAUGUAAAUGUUUCUUUGUCUAGCCCACUAGGAGGCACUAUGAGCACCACCCAGAUUGCAUCAACAAGCCAUGCGUUUGAAUUUGGUGUGACACUGCCGGAUCAGAGAGCAUCUGUUUCACUUAGUUCUUCAUAUCCUGAUACUACUUCCAUGUCAGAAAAGAAUGUGUUCAGUUUAAAAAACACGACAAUAGUUUCUGGACACAAAGCGACACCUAUUGAUGUAGCGGGUGCAGAUGUUGAAUUAGCAAAUUCCAGCUCCUGUGUACGACUUUUGUCCAACGGUUCCACUAUUACCAUGAAAGAUGAAUCCACUGUGCAAAGCCAUCUGUUAAUGACUGCCACAGGCGAUGCAGAAACUAUUAAGCUGAGUUCAACACCAAACAAACUUGAACUACAGGUUGCAUUCCCCUUGCCACUUGAGCCACAGGUCACAUCUCCUCAAGCAAAGCCAUCAGCUUCAACACUAGGCACCAUUAGGCAGCAGGCAGAUUCGCUACAAAGCACUGGUGAAGCGUCAGAGGAAUUUGAAUCCAGUGCCCUGUUUGAGCCAAUGGUCUCACUGCCAGAGCUUAUGGAGAUCACAACAGGUGAAGAGGAUGAAGACGUCCUGUUUUGUGAGCGAGCAAAGCUUUCUCAAUUUGAUGCUGGGACAAAGCAGUGGAAAGAGCAUGGAAUUGGGCUGCUGGAAAGUGAAGACAAACCCUGUGAUAAAAACCUUGCAGCCCAGUUUAGGACACAGGAACAGGCCGACGUUUUCAAACAGACAUUUGAGAGCUGCAAGGACAAAGCCCAGUCCACAAAAACACUGAAAGAAGAUGCAGGGGAGGGAAAAAGUGGCGCAACCCAGCAGCAGGCUGACAUGAAGAGGCCACAGGAGCUGGCAGCCACCAUGCAAGAGUCCCUAAAUAGCUAUGCAUGUGACGAGCUUGCCCCAGAUGAAGAAAUGCAUGCACCCUAUGAGAUCUUAACAUAUGGUAAGCUAGCUAACCAAAUUGCUAGUUUACGUGGUUAUAUUGCAGAAAACAUCAAUGUACCUGCCUCCAGUGGCAUGAGCUCUCCUCUCAGCACUGCGUGCUCAGGAAUUUCACCAGGCAUGUCUACCUCUGGUAUUUUCAGUGCCAGUAGCACACCACAGUUUGUCAAUUUGAGCCCCGAAGCAGGAAAGUUGGCUUCUAGAGUAGUGUCAAGUACCAUCAAGCCUUUAAAACCUAUGCUUGAUACCCGACCUUUGCAUACCUUAGCGUCACCAUCGUCUUUUGCAUUUGAGAUGACCAUCUGUAAGUCCUCUUCAAAACCAGCUACCAGUACACCAGUAGCAACAGCAUCUACAGUGGCAAGUGGCUUGCAAUUGUCAGCGACACAGUCAGAAAGUGGUUGCACUUCUUCCCGAGACGGGAGCACAGAAAGCAGUCCAAGACAAGCUGGGAUGGAUUCUUGUCACAUUGGUACUUCCAGGCGAGGAGUUCGGCGUUCACUGUUUGGCACUGCUACAACAGCUAAGAAAAGCUCGAAACAUGGAGGAAAGCAUCCACGAAGAACUCUUUUUUGAAGAGGCCGUCAGGAAACCCACGGCACCAAUUUUUUAAGCUUAUAUUUUAUCCAUCUUAUUGUUUGGCUAAUCGCCCACCAUGACGACAAGCAGUCACACGGCUUGGAGAAAUAGUAGUCAGUAUAUUACCGUAAUCAUUUGUGGGCAACAUUUUAUGUACAAUUCUUAUAUACUAAUGUUUGCGUUUGGCUGACAUAAGAAGGUGAAUUGUGAUAAAAAUGUGAAAAUAAAAACACCUCAUGGGUUUUGCAUAA